AUGUCUGGACGUUUGAAACAAGGCGGCAAAGCUCGCGCCAAGGCCAAGACGCGCUCUUCCCGGGCCGGGCUGCAGUUCCCCGUGGGCCGUGUGCACCGCCUGCUCCGCAAGGGCAACUACUCCGAGCGGGUGGGAGCCGGCGCGCCGGUGUACCUGGCGGCGGUGCUGGAGUAUCUGACCGCCGAGAUCCUGGAGCUGGCGGGCAACGCGGCCCGCGACAACAAGAAGACGCGCAUCAUCCCGCGCCACCUGCAGCUGGCCAUCCGCAACGACGAGGAGCUCAACAAGCUGCUGGGUACCAAUGGAAUGCUAUUAUGCAGGACGGGUAUUUUGAUUGGUCAUACUGGUAUUUACAAGGAGUCUGCUGACAAUAUUAAAGUGGUAUUGACAUGUGUCCUCGCAAACACGACAGGCUCCAAGUCCUUCAUGUAA